AUGUCAUUGUCAAAAGUAACGUCAAGACAGUUUUCGGCGACGUCAAAGCAGGCUUUGGCAGCGUCAAGACGGGUAACGCUGCAAGCCCUUGUCUCGUCACAAUCCCCUCGCUCCAUCAGACUCGUCCACUCUGCUCCCCCUCCUCAGCCAAAAUCAUGGCUUACUCGCAAGGUUCAAUCGUCUCCCACCGCCAAGAAUGUCUUUCUUGCUGUCACCAACGUCCUCGGAUACGGUAGUCCGAAGCAGCUUGCCGGUCGACGCUCAUUCGCGAUAUACGAACAGCUAUGUGCAAGAGCUGACGAGGAUCACAUCUUUUGGCAACAAGCAUGUCACCUGCCCCCGACUUUUCAAUCCUGGUUUACAAUUACCAACUUCCAUGUCUGGCUACUUACCGUCCGAUUCCGUGCUCUGCCGAGCCCUCAUGGCAAAGCCUAUAUCCAAGGUCUUAUCGACCAUUUUUUCUUAGACGUGGAGGACCGCAUUCGAGCGGUGUUACAACCUAGCGCAAAUCCCCCUGAACCGUACACUUUCAGGUCUGCCUUCUACAGCAGUCCAAGCGCACCCUCAUCAUCUUCAUCAAAAGAGGCAAAAUCUAUUGUGCUCAACCGCGCGCCGGACCGUUUAGUAUCGCAGCAAAUGAAGAUUUUCAAGGAACAAUGGGCUGGGAUGGGCCUUUCCUUCGACUUGGGGCUUGUCAAGGGAGAUAUGGAAUUGGCUGCAGCUGUGUGGAGGAAUCUCCUUGGUGCCCGGGGAGCCCGAGGGAUCGCUCUUGAACCGACCGCACUUGGAGGUCAGUUCCGGAGGUCCGUCAAUCUGGUUGGGGGAGAGGUCGUUAAUGUUGCCAAAAUCGACAUUGAAAAAGAAGAAGUCAAGGACGAUGGAUCAGGUGUCUUCGACUUUCCUCCCCAAGAUUCAGACAAGUAUGUCGCUUUUCCGGAGGUAAUGCUUGACCUCGUCGCAUAUAUGAGGAGGGAGCUAGUCAGACUUGAAAGCUUGAGCGACGACGAGAUUAUAAACGGAGAUAUCAGUAUCCUGAAGUUCCAGAAGAUCAAAAAGCAAACCCUUCCCUAA